AUGUUAUCUUUCUUUCUUUUUCCUUUCUUCUUGAUUGACUACUUUUAUUUUUGCUUUGCCUCCUCUUCAUCUUUUUCAAUCUUACCUUGUCUAUUUUUUAUUUUUUUACUUUUAACCAUUACUUUGUUUUCUUACUUGACCAACUCUUUUUCUUUGCUUUUAUUCUCUUCUCUUUAUCCGUUACUUUUCAAACUUCUUUCUUUUUCACAUUAUCUCUUUUUCCUCCUUCUUCACCCACUCUUUUUUCCUUUUUCUUUUCUCUCUCUUUACUUCUCAAGCUUAUUUCUUCUUUCUUUCUUUCUUUUUUCUUUCUUUUUUCUUUUUCACAUUAUCUCUUUUUCCUCCUUCUUCACCCACUCUUUUUUCCUUUUUCUUUUCUCUCUCUUUACUUCUCAAGCUUAUUUCUUCUUUCUUUCUUUCUUUUUUCUUUCUUUUUUCUUUUUCACAUUAUCUCUUUUUCCUCCUUCUUCACCUACUCUUUUUUCCUUUUUCUCUUCUCUCUCUUUACUUCUCAAGCUUAUUUCUUCUUUCUUUCUUUUUUUUUUCUUUUUUUUUUUUUCACAUUAUCUCUUUUUCUCCUUCUUCACCCUCUUUUUUCCUUUUCUCUUCUCUCUUUUACUUCUCAAGCUUAUUUCUUCUUUCUUUCUUUCUUUUUCUUUCUUUUUUCUUUUUCACAUUAUCUCUUUUUCCUCCUUCUUCACCCACUCUUUUUUCCUUUUUCUCUUCUCUCUCUUUACUUCUCAAGCUUAUUUCUUCUUUCUUUCUUUCUUUUUUCUUUUUCACAUUAUCUCUUUUUCUUCCUUCUUCACCCACUCUUUUUCCUUUUUCUCUUCUCUCUCUUUACUUCUCAAGCUUAUUUCUUUCUUUCUUUCUUUCUUUCUUUCUUUCUUUCUUUCUUUCUUUCUUUUUUCUUUUUCACAUUAUCUCUUUUUCUUCCUUCUUCACCCACUCUUUUUCCUUUUUCUCUUCUCUCUCUUUACUUCUCAAGCUUAUUUCUUCUUUCUUUCUUUCUUUUUUCUUUUUCACAUUAUCUCUUUUUCCUCCUACUUCUUCAAUUCUUUUUCUUUUGUUCUUUUACUUCUCAAACUUCUUCCUUCCUUCCUCCUUUCUUUAUUUCUUUCUUUAUUAAUUGUUCACUUUCUUCCCUUGUUUCAUCAACUGUUUUCCUUUGUUUUUUUUUUCUCUUCUCUCUCUCUUUACUUUUCAAACUUUUUCUUUCUUUCUUCCUUCCUCUCUUUCUUUGUCUUUUUCUUUUUUUACCCAUUACUUGAAUCUUGGACUUCUUCUCAGGGAAGAACUAUGCCUUGA